GCGUCAACUGCAUAUCUCGUGUUCUUGUGCAAGCUGAGGUGCAGCAGGCAAAAGGAGAUAAAUAAAAACAUUGAAAAUGGCUAUGAUAGGGAGGUUUCCGAUCAUAAGAACCCUCGAGUAUCUCGAGAAGGGUGACAUCGUUUUUAAAAGCAGGGUGAAGAUCAUGUCGGUGAAUUACAACACAAUAGGAGAGCUCAGCGACGGCGCAAGGAAGUUUGUGCUCUUCAAAAUUCCCCAGAUUCAGUUUAAAAACCCGUGGGUCCAAAUAGUGAUGUUCAGAAACAUGACACCGUCGCCUUUCUUAAGGUUCUUCCUGGAUGAGGGAGAACAAGUGUUGGUGGAUGUGGAGGGGAAGGACUACAAGCAAAUCGCACAGCAUGUUAAGAAGAUUUUGGGCAAACCAGAACACGUCUUACAAGAAGAGGCUCAGGCCAAGUUGCAGACCUCCAAUCCAGCCAACUUUGGCAUAAAGAAGUACUGUUUGAGGGAGUGCAUCUGCGAGGUGGAAGGCCAGGUGCCGUGUCCUGGGACUGUACCGCUGCCAAAAGAGAUGACGGGCAAAUAUCGGGCCAAGAUGGCCGAGUCACAGGAGGAUUAAGUGGUUGACUUUAGUUGUCUCGUUGGACAAUAUCUUGGCUGUUUUAUCUUGGGUUUUUAAGGAUGUUAAUGGACAGACUGGCACUUGACCAAACACAGCAAGAACCCACCAAGACAUGACCUGUCUGUGCUGAUGUUCAUACAUACUUUUGAUUUCCUGGAUGCCGUUAAUAUUAAACUAAAACCCAUGUUUGUUGACGUGUCGCCACUGAAAACCCAUGGGAUCUAAAAACAAUCACACUUCA